AUGUCGUCUGAUUCGAGCUAUACUCGGUGUGUAGUGUGCUUCCAUGGAUUGAUCGCAAAUGUGUUGACUUCAAACACAGACAAGAACCCAUCACGGCGAUUUUACAGAUGUCCAAAUGAAGAUGAUGAAAAAUGUAAGUUCUUUCAAUGGGUUGAUGAAGAAUUACCUCCAUUCCAAAAGGCUAGAUUUUUGAAGUUGAAGUCUCAGAAUAAUCUGUUGGAGGAGCAAUUAAAGUGCACAAAAUAUUCUGAGAGUUUGAUUGCUGAGAAGCUAGAAUUGAAGGAGAAUGAAAUUAUUAGGCUACAAAACAAGAAUGAUGAUUUGGAGAAGACCAUUGCACAACUAGAAUUGAAGGAGAAUGAAAUGUUUAGGCUGCAAAACAAGAAUGAAGAUUUGGAGAAGACCAUUCAUGCCAUGUGCAAGCUACAAAACAAGAAUGAAGAGCUGGAGAAGGCCAUUCAUGCACAACUAGAAUUGAAGGAGAAUGAAAUUAUUCGGCUACAAAACAAGAAUGAAGAGUUAGAGAAGGCCAUUCAUGCAAUGUGCAAGAGAAAGAAGAUUGAGAGAAAAUUGAUUUUGUUAGUUUUAGUUUUUUGUGUGGCUAUGUAUUGGAAUGGAGUUGGAAAUGGAAAUGGUAGACUGAUGCUUAAAUAG